AUGAUUAAUUUGUAAGCAAUUGUUAGUUUGGAUACAGGUGAAAAAAUAGAAUAGAUUUGUAUUUAUGAAGGAGAUGAUAUUGAACUAUUGACAUAAUUUUUUUGUGAUAGACAUCAAAUUAGAUAAGAAGGAAAAUAAUUUAUAAUUGCAGAGAUCAAAAGAUAGCUAAAAGUGCCAGUAUUAAUUUUUUAUAGUUUUUUAGGUAAAAACUCGUCAUACUUCUAUUCUCUCUUUAAAUACAUAGCAACUUGUAUAAAAAUUAUACAGAAAUAAAACAGGUAUUAAAUUUAAUAAUAAAAGAGACCGAUGUUUUUGAAUAGUUGUAUGCAGAUGCCAUUAACUAGAAAAAAAGAUUGAAGACUGCUUUACAAGAACAUGAUCAAGAAUAAUAAUAAAUAAAUUAUGCAAUACCAAAGAUUAAUAGCAUAUCUCGUUUAAUAGUAAAAGAAAGAGGUAGUUCUGAAGAACCAAUUCAUUCAAAACUAUAUUAAGAUGCAAAAUUGAUUGAUGCAAAAAAGAAAAUCUUAAGGGAAAGAGUUAUGAGUUAAAUAUAUCCAUUUCAUCCAAAUAGUGGUUAAAAUGUUAAGAAAAAACCUUAAAAGUAAGAAUAAUUAUAACAUGCUGAAAAAUUGAUUUAAGAAUAAGUUGAUUAGAAAUUGAAGUUAUAAUAAAAAAGAUUAGCUUAAGAUACAGCUUAAAAGGAUAAAGCUACUAAUUAAUAAUAUUUCAAACCAUUAAUAAGAAAAGAUCAAACAUUUAGACUUGUUAAAAAGAAAGUAGAUAAGCAAGAUGAGAUACUGGCAAAUUUAAUUGCAAAUAAAAUGAUAAAAUUGAAUAAUAAAAAUUCUAAUUUGAUUAAUAAUGAAAAGGAAGUUGUUAACAAUAUUAAUUUUGUUGAAAAAAUAUUUAAAUAAUUAGAUUCAGAUAGAGAUGGUUUGAUAUCAAUUUAAUAUAUCAACUUAAAUAUAAAUGAAAAAGUGUUAAAAAAAAUUCAUCCAAUUUUGAAUUAUAUUGAGGAAAAAAAUUUAGAAAUUAAUCUUGAUUACUUUUUCUAACUAUUAAAAUUAUUUCAUAUUAAAUUAGAUUGA